GUCCAUCGUCAUCGUCAUCGUCGGCGCCUGCUCUGACCUGCCCGCCGUCGCUGCGACCUGCGACGCGUACCACGCGUGUUAGAGUGAAACGAACUUUAUCAUGUCUCGAUUUAUCAGUAAUUCAUUCAUCAAGAGACAAGUGCAUAAGAAUGCGGAAAUAGUAAAGAAUUGUAAAGAAAUCAGAAAUCGUAAUCCACGAAAUUUAGAACGGUUAAGGAUCGCGAGGAAGCCUGUAGGUUACGAGCUCGAGAAACCAGGGUUCUCAUUCUGGCACAAAUUAAACGUGGUGCCUACUCAGCGGUUCGUAACAGCGGAAAUAGUUCAUUUCGAGAACGGUCCAAUCAUCACGGUGUCGAGUAAGGAAUGGGGAUUAAAAACUCAAUUAUAUAGUACGAACGAUGCGACCGCGUAUAGGUUCGUGGGACACAUGCUCGCACGGCGUUGCUUGGAGUGUGGUAUAUCGGAAAUUUUUGUCGAUGAAUCAAUGAUAACUGGAAAGAAGACGCAAUCCUUGGUGAACGUACUGUCAGAGAAUGGCAUCACCUUGGAGGAGCCAACGGUAUAUACAGAUCCAAAUCCAACGUACAGAUAUCGGCAUGAAAAACCUUGGGAAUCCCACGAAUAAUUUGUACUUUACGUAAGAAUAACAGCUAGGUAAGUGGAGUGUAAUAAGAAAAAAAAUGGUCGGUUGUUCGCAUUAUUCUGUUUAUUGAUCAAGCUGAUCCAUUUGAAUCGGCAAAUUUGUACACGUUACAUUACAAAGAUGAGAAUAAAUAAUUAUAGUUUUUAAUUA